AUGUCGGUAGCGGAAAAGGCCAAACCGGUGCCAAAAUGGAACAAACCUUUCAUCCUUCAACUGAUUCAUUGGUGCCUGUGGGGGGUAGCCAGGGUCAUCCUGGCCAACAACCCCAUGAGUGGGGCUCUGAUCCUGGGGGCACUGGUCUGGGCCUCCCCCUGGCAGGCCAUGCUGGGGACCAUUGGUCUUCUGGCCUCUACGCUCACUGCUGUCAUCAUUGGACAGGACAAUGAGGCAGUAUCUGGAGGUCUGCAUGGGUUUAAUGGUAUGCUGGUGGCUCUGCUAAUGGGUGUGUUCAGCUCUGCAGGGGACUGGUAUUGGUGGCUACUACUGCCUGUCUGUCUUCGGAGAGCUACCUGUACAUUCCUCUACAGUGGCCUGUCCCCCCUGUUGGAUCAAUGGGAUUUGCCUGUCAGUGUAUUCCCCUUUAACACAGUCCUCCUGCUCUACCUGGCCUGUACUGGCCCCUGUAACCCCUACUACCCUCACCACUCUGUCAUGCCACCAGGGGCAAUGGAGAGCAACGCCAGCCAGCUCAGUGUCACUCCGCUUCUGCAGGGGGUGCCAUUGGGUGUGGGCCAGAUCGUUGCCUGUGAGGCCCUAGGCCCCUCUCUCAUGAUCCUGGGUGCAACGUUGCUCUACUCACCUCUACUGGGGACACAUGCUCUACUGGGCUCUGGGGCUGGUACCCUCGCUGGUCUAACAGUUUCAGUACGUCAUGGGGUACUAUACUCUGGGAUGUCAGGAUUUAAUGGAGCAUUGGGUUGCAUGGCCAUUGGAGGACUGUUCUUUACCUUCAGCUAGAGGACACACCUCUUCUCCAUCGCCAGCGCCUUCCUGUCUGCUUACGGUGACAUUGCCCUCGGCAAUAUCCUUGAAACAGUGGGCCUCCCAGCAUCCAACUGGGCAGCAACUGUGACCAUCAUUAUAAUGCUGCUAUUAACAGGGCAGAGCCUGUCAGUGUACCGCAUCCCUAGUAGUCGAGUCAGAGCUCCGGAGCAGAAUAUCCGCUGUCAUAGCCAAUGGGUUGCUGGAGAGACUUCAGACAGCACUGACGUUUAGAC